AUGCUGCGGAUCGGCCCCAUCGCCGCCGCCGCUUUCGCCCGCCGGGCACCGCCGCGGCACCGCCUCGCUGGCAACCGGGAGAGCAUCCCCCGGUCCUGUCCGCCGGCUCUGUCCCGGGGCGGUGGCGGCGGCGGCGGGAGGGUGGUGCCGGUGCUGAAAACGCCCAAGGGCACCCGCGACCACCCGCCGGCACAGGCGGCGCUGCGGGAGCGGCUGCUGGGCACCGUGGUGUCCUGCUUCAAGCGGCACGGGGCGGCCGCCAUCGACACCCCCGUGCUGGAGCUGCGGGAGACGCUGAUGGGGAAGUACGGGGAGGACACGAAGCUCAUCUACGAGCUGCAGGACCAGGGAGGGGAGCUGCUGGCCCUGCGCUACGACCUCACCGUGCCCUUCGCUCGCUACCUGGCCAUGAACAAGGUCAACAACAUGAAGCGCUACCACGUGGCCAAGGUGUACAGGAGGGACAACCCGGCCACCACCCGGGGCCGCUACCGCGAGUUCUACCAGUGCGACUUUGACAUCGCCGGGCAGUUUGACCCGAUGAUUCCCGAUGCCGAGUGCCUGAAGAUCGUGCACGAGAUUCUGAGUGACCUGCAGCUUGGGGACUUCGUCAUCAAGGUCAACGACAGGCGGAUUUUGAACGGUGUGUUUGCUGUCUGUGGUGUUCCAGAGAGCAAGUUCAUAACGGCCUGUUCCACCGUGGACAAGCUGGACAAGGUGCCAUGGGAGGAAGUGAGGAGCGAGAUGGUGGGAGAGAAGGGGCUCUCUCCCGAGGCUGCGGAUCGCAUCGGGGAGUACGUCCAGCUCCACGGUGGGCUGGACCUGAUCGAGCGGCUCCUCCAGGACCCAAAACUGUCACAGAACAAGCUGGCCAAGGAGGGGUUGGGGGACAUGAAGCUGCUGUUUGAGUACCUGACCCUGUUUGGCAUCACAGGGAAGAUCUCCUUCGACCUGAGCCUGGCCCGGGGCCUGGACUAUUACACGGGGGUGAUCUUUGAGGCUGUGCUGCUGCAGCAGGAGAACGAGCACGUGGAGGAGCUGGUGGGCGUUGGGAGCGUGGCUGGAGGUGGCCGCUACGACGGGCUGGUGGGGAUGUUUGAUCCCAAGGGCCGGAAGGUGCCCUGCGUGGGGGUCAGCAUUGGGAUCGAGCGGAUCUUCUCCAUCCUGGAGCAGAGGCUGAAGGCUUCUGGGGAGAAACUUCGCACAACUGAAACCCAAGUGCUGGUGGCUACACCCCAGAAACACUUGCUUGCUGCCAGACUGAAGCUCAUUUCCGAGCUGUGGGACGCAGGGAUCAAGGCAGAGAUGCUGUACAAGAAGGAUCCUAAACUGCUGAAGCAGCUGCAGUAUUGUGAGGACACAGGGAUCCCCCUUGCUGCCAUUGUAGGAGAGCAGGAGCUGGCAGACGGAGUGGUCAAGCUGCGAGAUGUCUCAACACGAGAGGAGGUUGAUAUCCCAAGGGAGAAGCUUGUUGAUGAGAUCAGGAGAAGGCUGGAGCCCUGAGGACUUCUCUGGCCAGAGCUGCUUGGCUGAACUGCUGUACAACUGGAACCCUGCAGUGCCCUUAACCAUUCACUGCCAGCUGCGGCCUGGUUACCAUCCACCAGCCUAAGGCUCCUUGCCUAGGCUAAGGCAGCGAGAAGAGAGGAGCCAAGGGGUUUUAAAAGCUAUGGGACAGCACAGUCACCAAUUUUAAGUUCUGGUUAAAUGCUCUGAAGGACAGGUUGAGCUUGUGGGUUCCUAAUAGUGCAGUCCCUGCACCUGUA